AAGAGAAGCUAGCACAGUAGAGGAAAAAAGGUGGAGCAGUAAACGAAGCUAAAGAGCAUCGCCAUUGUAACAAAUAUCAUCUAUAAAUGUGGUUUCCAGUUAAUAAUAACGGAAAGUAAAAUAAUUUCGUCUUCCUUCGCAUUACACUCUUCCACCUUGCUGCUACGGUGAAGUUGGCGGCGGCGGCGGUGUUUCUUCUCCAUAUUUCACUUUUCUCUUCACGUGAAAAUUAGUUGCACCUAUUUUUUCAUUAGUUUUAACUUUUAGCUGAAGGUUCUAGGGUUCUGCUUUUGUGUUGCACUUUAAUCUCAACUGAUUUUGGAAGUAUUUUGAUCCAGACAGUUCUCCGCAGAUCUAGUUCAUUUUGCUGAGCGUAAUUUUGAGAGGUUCGAGGGUUUUGGGGGUUUUGAGGUAGAUAAUUGUGAAUGACAUUUGUUUACGUGUAAGUGAGUUUGUUUACACUUAGGAGUUGCUCGAAUUGUGUGCAGGAGUUGAAGGUUACGUAAUUGUUUUAGGUGUUGUUUGAGAGCUGUGGAUAUUUGUGUACAUUGUUUUGAACUAAGGUGAUAGUUCGGAGUUAGGGAUUUAGCAUUGUCACAGAAUUUUGGGUGGUUUGUGUGAAGAGUGAAUUUUAUAUAUUUCCUUGGCUGUAAUGCAAAAGUGGAGAGGUUUUCGGUUGUUUAUUGAGUAAGGGAGGAAGAUUGUGUAAUAUGCAUAAGAAAUCGGGAUCAUCUGGUGUAAUUUUUUCAUGAUUUUCAGCUCAGGUGGUUUUGUGGAGGUGUUUGAUUGAAUUUAUUGGUUGAGGUUUUAAAAAAUGCCUCCUUCUCCGGUGAUGAGAGUUUCACCUGGGAGGGGGCUGAAGGUUGAGAAUCACAGGAGAGGGCGUAGCCUCAAGAGUGGGAUUGUUUAUCGACACAAGGAAGAUGAUCUUACUCUGUUCAAUGAUGUGCGGAACAGAGAAAGAGAUGGUUUCUUGCUUCAGUCGAAUGACAACUUUGACGACUUCUUUACAACAAAGUUGAGAGACAUAUCGGUUCAUAAGCUUGAAGGAUCCGCUCCUGCUCGAGGAGAGAGUAGUGACCUGCUCAAUGCAGAGCGAGAUAAAAAUGACUAUGAUUGGUUGAUAACCCCUCCAGAAACACCUCUCUUUCGUUCUCUGAAUGAUGAGGCGCAACCAGUUAAACCUGUACCUAGGGGCAGGCCAAGGAGUCAACCUGUUUCAGUCUCACGAUCACCUACGAUGGAAAAAGAUUACAGAAGUGGUAGAGGCAAAGCAAGUCCUCAUCGCCUCGGCCCAUCGCCACGGUCUGGAAAUAGUACAUUGCAAUCUCGAAGCAGGCCAUUUUCUGCCUCUUGUUCAAGCCCACCUCCUACCAUGCAGCAUCCUUCUCCAGCUAGGAGAUUGUCUCCUUCACCAACUAAACAAACAUCUGGUCCAAGGUCUAGUUCGCCAACUCCUAGGAGAAUAAGUACUGGUUCUACUGGUGCUUCUUCCCCGUCAAGAGUGAGAGGUUCCUCUCCAAUCAAGAUGAGUCAGGGGAACUCUGUUUCACCAAAAAUAAAGGCGUGGCAGGCUAACAUUCCUGGAUUUUCCUCAGAGGUGCCUCCUAAUCUUUGUACCUCACUGGCAGAUAGGCCAGCUUCUCAUGUGAGAAGUUCCUCUCCAGCAUCUAGAAAUAGCUCGAGGUAUGGCAGGCAAUCAAUGUCUCCGAUCGCCUCCAGGAGUGUUGCUUCAUCGCACAGCCAUGACCAGGAUCAAUUUAGUCGCUACAGCAAAGAUUCAGUUGCAUCGUCUGGUGACAAUGAUGUAGAAUUGCUAGAAUCCAUUGCUCUCAGCAGCUCAGAACGAUCAGCUCCAAGAAACUUAGGUGCUCACCCUAGUAAAAAUGCCACCAACUUUUCCAGAAAACCGUCGCAAAAUGUAUCAAGUUCUGCUCCUAAAAGAUCCUUUGAUUUGGUCCGCCAACUGGAUCGCAAGGGCCCUCACAAUAUGUUCAGACCUCUGUUGUCCAGUGUUCCCAGUUCGACAUUCCAUGCAGGAAAAGUGAUUGCACAUCAACGUUCUCUGAUGUCCAGAAAUUCUUCUAUGACAACUAGCAGUAGUGCUAGUUACGAUCAAGCUGCAAGUGGUGCCCAUGACCCUGAAGGUCGUAAGCUAAAUCAGGACGAUGUAACGAGCGACUGUAUGAGGGGAAACCACCCAGUUAUGGAUGAUGAAUUAUUUGUCAUGGAGCAUGCUGAUGACAUAAAUGAAGAUAUUGAGAACAGAAUCAUGGAUGACUCACCUAGAAGUCAGCAUCGUGAAAAUGAUUCCCUGCCUAUAGGUGUUUCUACAUUGAAUGUUGGAAGCAGCAAUGAAUUUGAUUGUUUGGAUGCUAACAGCGCCCCAGAUACUGUAACAUGCUCAAAGUGUGGUUACAUGUUCCACUCAGCUGAAGUAGUAAAGGAAGGAGACCGGCAACUUUGUCUGGAGUGCAAAUGUUUGGAAGUGCGUUCAACUAUUAUGGAUCCAUCAAACAUGGUGAUGGUUGGUCAGAACAAUACUUGGGAAGAUGUUCAAAUUAUAGAACAUGGAUCACAAGAGGUUUUAGACCAACUUAUGUGUAAUGGUCCGACAGGGAAAUACAAUCUGGACACUCAAAUUUCGUACAGUGGCUCAAGUCUGAGUCUUUCUGUAGAGCUGUUUGAGGAAGGGGAGCCUACUUUAGCUAGCGAGAAAGUGAUAGAGCAGCUGAUAAGUGGCCACAAGGGUUAUGAAGUUAACUCAAGCUCAAGGCUUAAUGUUUCAGAUGGUGCAGGAAUAUCUUUGUUGCUGAAGAGAUCAAUCAGCGCUGAAAGACAUGUUGUCCAAAGCAGGAGCUUCACUGCAAGUACCAUCAGCUGCGAUGAUUUCUCCUAUGUACCAGAGAGUUUAAAUAGCAUGAGGAGCUCCACCGGGGUCACCAGUGUUUCAGUAUCAUCGUCAAUUGAUCUGGGGUCCUCUAGGCAGACAGAAUUUCGUAAUUCUUGGCAAUCAAGUGGUCAUAAAUCAGAUACUGAAAAUUUUCGACAUGAGUUUCCUUCCAAGUUCAAAAGGUCUGUCUCAUCCGCAUCAAGUGCUUCGGGCCAUAUGUUUCAGGUUCGAAGUUCAACACCAGGUUGUCAUCAAGAUAGUUUUGAGGAAACACGCUUGGAUCCUCGUGAACAGUCAGUGGCUUCUGAAUUCACAGAAGCAGAAAGCACUUGCAGUAAUAUUGAAAGCAACAUUGUCUUAGAAGCCGCCACAGAACUGUCAAGCCGAUUGAUGGAUGACCAUUCAGGAGAAACUUCAGUCAAUUCAGCAUUAACUUCUCGAGAGCCAGGGCCACAUGAGAACAGGGACAACUCUAUGGGUAAUUCCCAUAACCUGUCAAUUGUGGAAACUUCAUCCGCACAGUUGCAGACCUCUAAUCAAGUGGAUGAUGUCUCACCAAUUUCAUGUGCAAAUGCGGUGGAUGCUGCAGAAUUUCUCAAUCAUAAUUCUUUUAAUGCAAUAUCAGAAAAUGAAAUAGGGAACGGUGAUUCUGCAUAUUACGGUUCACAUUCCAACGUUGAUUCCCCUAAAUCAAAAGGCUGCACUGGUGUCCAAGAUGCUAGUGCUGUAAAAGUAUCUUCCAAGGAAUUUGAAAUCUCACAUCUUGCACACAUUGCUCUGGAAGAAUCACAUUCUAUCUUGGAAGACACAGGUCAGGUAAAGGCUAAAACCCUGACCCUAGAAGAAGCAGCAGACGCUAUCCUCUUUUGCAGCUCCAUAAUCCACAAUCUGGCUUACGAAGCUGCAAAUAUCGCAAUAGAUAAAGAGGCUUUAUCUGGGGAAGCUCCGCGACCAGCAGUAAUGCUUGUGGGGAAAUCCAACUUUGAAAGAAGGGAUGCACGUCCUAUAAAACGUGGUUUCAGGUCUCAGAAAGCUCGAAAACAGAGGCUGCAGGCGAAAAUGGCACCUUCAUCCUGCAAUGCUGAAUCUGACGAGAAGUCUAGUCCAUGCACCAUUGGUGUUUCUGACGAUGGAGCUCCAUAUAAUGGCGACAGCAUGAAGCCUCCUCCGAAGCUAGAAUCCAAGUGCAAUUGCUUGAUCAUGUAAGUUUUCUCGGGUGCUUACGAUGAUCGACUUGCGUGGGUAGUUCUGUGUAGCAAUUUGAAUUUUGCAGGAAAAUAUAUGAUUGUGCUUGCACAGUAUUUUGUUGGUAACCAUUUGUUUUGUAGUAAGAAAUAUAUGAUGUUAUAGAAUCCUUGUAAAGUUGUAAUUCUUCUUUGAGUUAAUUGCUGUUGAAGCAAUUUGUGCUCAUUGACUGUUAA